UACAGUCAAAGCUUGCAACUUUUUUGAUGUUUUUAAGGAAUUCGGAUGCUUUUGGCAGGAAUAUCUUUAGUGAGGGACAAUAGGAGUGUAAUGAUCAAGUUUUUUUUCUGGACAAGAUGGGCUUUUGGGAUUCCAGUUAUCUUUCGUUUAUCAUUAAGCUUGUAAUUCAGGAUUAUUUCGCGGCCUAAACAAGGGGAAAAGAAGAGAGAGAAAAGAGACUUGAAAUAUACUAGUUCUUGUUCAGUUGAAGAUAAAAUGGAAAGUGUCUUCCAGGGACAUUGCUGAUUUUCUCGCAGUCUUUGUCUUGUGUAUAGUAUUGGUCGGUCCGUUGAAUCACGUAGCUGCUUUUCGAGACUGAAAUGCGAUUCUAGCACGUUUAUCCAGCCAAUAGAACGAUCAGAAAAAUAAAAUGAAAGGAUAAGAACUUUUUAGCUUCUGUUGCUGUGAAAUGGAGGCUUUAACUUCAACUGCUUCAGUUACUCUCCCUCGAGAACCAGCCAUCUAUGAUGAGGCCUCUAUGCAGCAAAGCAUGGUCUUCUCUGACAGUCUAAAGGAUUUGAAGAAUCUGAGAAAACAAUUAUACUCUGCAGCCGAGUAUUUUGAAUUAUCAUAUACCAGUGAUGACCAAAAACAAAUAGUUGUAAAUACUUUGAAAGAUUAUGCAAUCAAAGCUCUUGUAAAUACUGUGGAUCAUUUGGGCUCUAUGUCGUACAAGGUCAAUGAUCUCUUGGAUGAAAAGGUUGAUGAAGUUUCUGGAACUGAGCUUCGGGUAUCUUGCAUUGAGCAGAGAUUGAGGACUUGCCAGGAUUAUAUUGAUCGUGAGGGUCUCUCACAGCAGUCACUGGUCAUAAAUACUCCGAAAUACCAUAAAAGAUACAUAUUGACCGCUGCAGAGAGCAUGAACGGUGUCAAUCAUUUAAGGUUGCAUCAACAAAGAUGUAGCCUGGAUGAUGAAGAUGACUGGCAUCAAUUUAGGAAUGCACAACAUAAUUGUGUUUCAACAGCAGUUCGAGCGACAAUUAGAGAAAUCCCAUCAUCUGCAGUUAGGAAUGGGCGUUCUCCAUCACCUUCACCGCGACUUUCUCAGCAACCUGGAAACUUUUCAUUCUCAGGCACUUUUCCUGGAAAGGAAUCAGAAAAGCGAACAGUUUCACCGCAUCGAUUUCCCCUUUUACGCACUGGAUCUCUUGCUAGUCGACAAACUACUCCAAAGAAAUCUAGGCCAACAAGUCCAAAUCCAACUCGACCAACCACUCCCAAUCCUUCUAUUGGAAGACAGUUCCCUGCAGAAGCUCGGAAAUCAGCUUCAAUGAGGUUCCAUGCUGAAAGAGGGAGUCCCAAAGAUCCCAGAGAUACUGAUCACAAUUCUAGCAAAAGUAAACGCCUGCUCAAGGCAUUGCUUAGCCGAAGAAAGUCAAAGAAAGACGACAUGCUAUAUACUUACUUAGAUGAAUACUAAUGCCACCCACUGGCGGAAAAGGAAGAUGUCGCCCACCUGGCUCUAUAUUUCCCUGCUACACCCGCCCAUUUUGUAAUGCUAGCUGUUCCCACUUCCUAGUAUUCUUUUUCUCUUUUCUACCAUUUUAAGUUGCUUGAGCAGAAAUAUGUUGUGUCAUAGAUACCGUGAUAUCAGCAAGAGUUAAAUCAUAUUAUUACUACCUUUCCCC